GGUUAGAGUUCAUCUGCCUUGGGGUCAGCCCAUCAUCGCCUCCAAUAGCAGAGAUGGCCUGAAUCGUCUUCAGGGUCAUGCAUCUCCAUACCAGCUAUGACUGCCCACCCCUCACAAGCAAUACAACUUGCAGCUGAGAGCCCCCUCCAAGUCGUCUCUCCACGAUCCAAUUCACUGUUCAAUUCCAACCAUAUCCAUCUGCAUAUCCGCAAGCCAUGCCGAGCCAACCAACAGCCAAAUCCAAGCCCAAGUUUAAACCCUCCUUCCCCCUCUUCCCCCUCCUCCCCCCAGAGCUCCGCAUCCAAAUCUGGGAAGCACACCUAUCCCUCUCAUACAACGAACCCCGAAUCAUCCCCCUGAGCCCCACCCUAACGGGCUACACGACCCCACUGCUAGCCGUAAACCGCGAGGCCUACCGCACAACUCUAUCCUGGGCGCGGCACCAGGGCCAGCGAGACGGAGUGCGGCCCUGGGAUCGCAAGCCAAAGGCGUCGAGUACACACUACCGCCCGAGAAAAUUCUUCCGCGCCAGCAACCCCAACCGCGACGUUGUUUUCUUCCUUGAGGAUAUCUCUGCUACGCCGUGGCUCAUUGCGCCGCGGCCUCAGCAGCAGGCGAAGACGUUCAAGCACAUUGCCAUCGCGACACACCAGCUUCCGCAGCGCGCGAGCGGGACCUGGCUCGCGUUAUUCUGGCUGACCUUCCGGCCGGAAGUCCUGUUUGUUGUCCUGGGCACGCGGGAGUCCUAUAUGAGACUGGUGCGGUCGUUCCGCUAUGGGCGCCCCGUGGGGCAUUGGUUUGCGCGGGAGGACUGGUGGGACUGGGAUGCGAAUGCGCAUUCGGAUCGCUCUCUGUCUCUGAUUCCCUCCGAAAACCGUACUAACACGGUUGUCGUCGGGGCAGAUGUUUGGGAUCUGAAGACUCGUCGGUUCACGCGGGUGGGAUGCCGCGGGCGGAUUAAUGGCGUGGAUAUAGAUGCCUGCGCCUGGGAUUCGGCUGAGUGGAUAUUCCUAGACAGCCCGACGAUGGCGCGGAGUCUGAUCAGGGAGAAGGUCUCCAAGUUUGAGGUUCGGUAUGUGUACUGAUUGGGUGAGUGUGGUCUUGUAUGGAUGCUAUGAGAAAUUGGGAAGCAAUGGGAGCGAGACCGAGGGUUAUUCAAUAUGUAUAACCAAGCCCU